AUGAACCAUGGUCCUUACCCAGGUCUUACAGUGCAAGUUCAGGUUAUACCUGCAAUUCUGAAUAGGCAAAGACCAGCUAAAACAGAGAUGCAGGAGAGUUUUGGUCACUUCCUGAGCUCUUUUAGUUCUGGUUGGGAAGGCUUCUACCCAUCCAGUAAAGGUACCUAUAAGUACAAGCAGGAACCUGAUAGAGAAAACGGGGACUGCCUGAAGUUUGCAGAAGUUCCUAAAAGUGAGGCUUUGGAGGACACCAAAUUAGCUAUAGAUGCUGGAUUUCGCCAUAUUGACUCUGCAUAUUUGUACAAAAAUGAAGAGGAGGUAGGACUGGCCAUCAGAAGUAAGAUUGCAGAUGGCGUUGUGAAGAGACAAGACAUAUUUUACACUUCAAAGCUUUGGUCCACUUUCCAUAGACCAGAGCUGGUUCGACCAAGCUUGGAAGAGUCAUUGAAAAAACUUCAACUGGACUAUGUUGACCUCUAUAUUAUUCAUUAUCCAGUGUCUCUGAAGCCAGGGGGAGAACUUAUUCCUAAAGAUGACCAUGGAAAAGUGCUAUUUGAUACAGUGGAUCUUUGUGCCAUGUGGGAGGCAAUGGAGAAGUGUAAGGAUGCAGGAUUGACCAAGUCCAUUGGGGUUUCCAACUUCAACCGCAGGCAGCUGGAGAUGAUUCUGAAUAAGCCAGGGCUUAAGUACAAGCCAGUUUGUAACCAGGUGGAAUGUCAUCCCUAUCUCAACCAGAGUAAGCUGCUGGAUUUCUGCAAGUCGAAAGACAUUGUUCUGGUGGCCUUUAGUGCCCUGGGAGCCCAAAGAGAUAAAAUAUGGGUGGACCAGAGCUCCCCAGUUCUCCUGGAAGAUCCAGUCAUCUGUGCCCUGGCAAAAAAGCACGAGCGAAGUCCAGCCCUGAUUGCCCUUCGCUACCAGCUGCAGCGUGGGGUUGUGGUCCUGGCCAAGAGUUUCAGUGAGAAGCGAAUCAAAGAAAAUUUGCAGGUUUUUGAAUUUCAGCUAACUUCAGAGGACGUGAAAACUCUUGAUGGGCUGAACAGAAAUUUUCGCUAUGAUGCCACCCCUUUUUUUGAUGGCCACCCUAAUUACCCAUUUUCUGAUGAAUACUAACAUGGAGGACUGCAUCAUAGCUUCUACCAGCAGCUCCUGCUUGUGGAUCAUGAUGUGAGAGACGUCUUAAAUGCUGGUGAUUGGACCCCUCUCUUCUGAUAAAUCCAAGCUGCUUACCAACUCACAGAGAGCUAAGACUGUAUCAGAAAGCAAAGGCACUGCAUCUUCUCAUGUGAUGGAAAAUAAUAUAAAUUGUUUUUCCAUUUGCUACAGUUUCUACUACUGGAAUGUUUUGUUUUCUUUUGACUCAUUAGGACUAUUUAGCUUGCACUCCUCCAGGAGUCCACAUUUCUAUUUCAUAACAGAAUGCUAAAUCAGGACAAUUUGGACUGAACCAACUCAAUCCUUUGAUUCAGUCUCUCUGGCAUAGUAUAGUAAAUGAUAAUUCACUUGGUUUCAUAAUUUUAUUUUCUUUCUCCUUGUUUUGUGUGCAUGGCGAUGUGAAAAUAAAUUAUAAGCAUCACCCUUCACUUCAGCAUGAGUUUCCCAAGAGCUAAGACAGUAGUCUUAAAUACAAUUGUCUCUCAGUAUCAUAUGAAUGUGUAACAUUUACAAUCAGUUGAUUUCAAGUAAGGGAUAUCACCCUCAUCCAAACUGUUUAAGGCCUUAAGAGUAAAAACUAAUGUUUCCCCAAGUAAGAGUGAAUCAUACACAAAGUUCGGACCUGCUUGCACAAUCAUUUUUGAACCUGACUACAGAACCUUGCUUACAAGGUUCUCACUCCAAAGUGUAACAUAGAAAUCCUGUGUGAGUUUCUUCUAGAUUGUUUACUUACCCUCUGGAUUUGGGGCCUUACACUGGGACUUCAGCACUUGCCUGAGCUUCCAGCUAAUCAACUGAAUUUCAUAUUUAUCAGUCACAUAAUCGCAGGAACCAAUUCCUUAAAAAAAAUCUUUGCUUAUUUUUGUUGUCUCCUCUCUCUCUCUCUCUCUCUCUCACACCAAAACAUACACAGAUGUUGCUUUUGUAAAAAAUGUAUUGAUUGAUUUGAGAGAGAGAGAAUCUUCCAUCCACUGGUUCAUUCCCCAGAUGAACAGCUGUGGCUUGGUCCAGGCUGAAGCCAGGAGCCUGCAAUGGAACUUUGUCUGUCAGGCUCUAAAAGUUUCAUCUAAAACAUUGGAGCUUAUUGGUUGAUUUCAUUUAUUAAUAGGGCUUUUAUUUAUUUCUACCAGAGACUGGAAAUAGGUGGGAUUCAAAACUAUUUUCUUUCUGCUUCUCCAAAUUCAAGUCUAAAUCUGACCUUCCAAAGGCUGACAUACCUGUGGAUCAGUGUUUUUCAAUCCAGUAUGAGUGGAUCUGUGUGCACCAAAAAUCUCAUCCUCAUUGUCAACUGGGAUGUCCUGUAAGCCAGCUAUGAGCACAGACAGUUGCCUAUGAACUGGGCCUCUCAGCACCACCAGGAGUGUAGUUAGUAUAGACCCAGAGGAUAAAAAUGAUCAGGGACAUGCAGCAGACUGGAACAUAUUGUGCAAGCAGGUCAGAACUUCAUUUAUGAUUCACUGAUAAGCCCUGAGACAUCACAGAUGUCUCAGUAUAUCACAGUGUCAUCAAAACUGGCACAUCCCCCACAUGGCCGAGACUCAUUUUAAUCUCAGAGAUCUUAAAAAUCCAAACACCUGAAUAGCGGCAACUUAGGAAGACAAUCCAGGGUCUGCAGCGAUUGUGUCACCUCAGUCCAAGAGCUUGCCACUGGAAUGACAGCAUCUCAGACUCUCCAGUGCCACCCUCCUAUUCCCUAGGACCUCCACAGAAGAUCCACCUUGCCAGGGCAAGCUUAACACCAUGUGAACAACAGACUAGCUUCAGUGCCACUACAAACAGUGGGGACCCAGCUACCAUGACUGGUUUUCAAACACUCUGAUUUGUUGGCCUCUGAUACUGCUUCACACAAGGAUACCUGCAUAACCAUGAGUUGUGUCCCUCAGGAUUGUGGUUUCACAAUAACUCGAGUUCAGUAGUUGUGGGUCCCAGUGCAAGGCUUAUGCAAAGUGCCCACAAACAUUGCCACCAUUCUUACAUGCAUGGUUCCCUAGAAGCUCCCUCAUCCUGGAUGACCCUACAAAAUACGGAGAUUUUUGUUGAUGCCCACCCCACCUCAGUGAGGUCCUCACUAACACUUUCUCUCUCUCUAGCACUAGGAAGUGUUCGUCCCAACACAAAGGUCCCAAAAUCCUGACUCUCCAUCCAGCACUAGGGAAUACCUGUCUUACCAACUUGACGUAACAUGAUGCCAUUCCAGCUUAACCUUUUCCCCUGCCACCACUGUCCUCCCCUACUACCAAAUAGGUACCACCAAUGUACAUAUCCUGCUUGCUGAAAUCACAACAAGGAGAUAGUUAUGAUUAAACAAAGACAGUUGGGACUUGACACAUAACCCUUUUUACCAAACUUGGCAUCCAUUCAUCUAUUCAUCUUUUUUUUAAAGAUUUUAUUUAUUCAUUUGACAGAGUUACAGACAGAGAGAGACAGAGAGACAGAAAGGUCUCCCUCUGCUGCUUCACUCCCCAAAUGGCUGCGAUGGCUGGAGCUGCACUGAUCCAAAGCCAGGAGCCAGGUGCUUCCUCCUGGUCUCUCAUGUGGGUGCAGGGGCCCAAUCUAUUGGGCCAUCCCCCACUGCUAUCCCAGGCCACAGCAGAGAGGUAGACUGGAAGAGGAGCAACUGGGACUAGAACUGAAGCCCAUAUGGGAUGCUGGUGCUGCAGGCAGAGGAUUAACCCAGUGCACCACGGCACCAGCCCCUAUCUAUUCAUCUACCCAGCCACCAUCUAGAUCAAUAAUGGUAUAUACUAAGCUAUGAACACCCUAGUCACCUGCAUCCCAUUUCACCAGCUAUUCCUCUCACUUCAUCCUGAUGACUGCUUAAUGUUCACAAAUAGUUCUCACUAAGGGUAAUGGUCAAAAACCCUACUAGGGAACAGCACUAAUUAUAGAUGUCCCAUAUCUAAACCACCACAUCUGCCUGUUAUUUCCUUGCAACUCAUGACUCACUCCCUGUCACUUACAUUCACCCUUCCUCAUGCAUCAGAGAUGGGGCUGUCAGGUUGUACUUUAUGGUGGAUACCUUGACUUCACUCCCUUGAUACCCCAUCUACACUGCAAUGCCUUUUCUCACAGAUGUACUCUUAAUCAGCUGCUUUCCUGGUACCAAAGGAUUGCCUAGUCUCAUUAAAGACACCCCUAGAGUUCCCCCAGAGUUCUGCCAACACACCGUGAGCUGUAUAUAUACUCCAUGCAUAUGCCUUGCUAUGGAAGACAUUACCUGUUCCAAAGGAGGACUGAAGAAGCAGAUGGAAUUGAGAGAGAGAGAGAGAGAGAGAGAACUCCAUCUACUAUUGUAGUCCCUCAAUCCCCAUAGUGAACAAAGUUUGGCCAAACUGAAACUGAGAGCUGGGAGGUCAAUCCAAACCUGCCAUAUGAAUGGCAGGGGCCCAAUUACUUGAGCCAUCAUUACUGCUUCUUAGGGUCUGCAUUAGCAGGAAGCUGGAGUCAGGAAACAGAGCCAGGUACUGAACCUAGACACUCCAUGGUGGGACACAGGACUCAAACCUUCAGUCUCUCUCUCUCUUGGCUUGUGUCUGACCUCACCAUAUCUCAGGCAGCAUAAGUUUGUAACACUGGAAACAGCCUUAGUUACUCUUUUAUGGCAGAAUAAAAGACAAGUGAUAUUGAGAGGGCUGAAUAAUAGGAAAGAGGGAAGCUUUAGUACCUCAGAUUCAAACCAGGCCACUGAGGUAAAAAUAUUCACCACCAGCAGGUAUUCCAAUCUUCUUAUGCAGUGCAAUCAAGUGUGGGGAGAAGAUAGUACUUCAGUUAAAACACUAUGAAUUAUCAUGCCUAUGACCCUAUCUGUGCUUCAGCCCAACCAGCAAAACCUGGCCAAACUCAGGAGAGUGUUGCAUUGCAAGGAAGUCUUGGAACUACCGCCCCAGCAACUUCUUCUUGGCAAAGUAACUACUUGAAAAACAAAGCUUGAUCACUUUAAAUCCAACUGUUGCUCAUCUGGGAUGCCAGGAUCACAGAUGGUGGCUUUACCCACUAUUCCAUAGCACCAGCCCCUCUGUUUAACAUUUUUAAGUUCCAACCUAUCAAAAUACAGCACUUCUGUGGAUUCAGUCACCUUUAACAGUAUCUUGAGCUAUACCCCCUCCCAGUUCCUCAGUGUGGUCAAUCCAGAAUUUGCCUGAUUUUCCAUGGCUCAGCUUGAAGCAGCCUGGUUGAUGGGCCCACUGACCCUCAUAAUUGGCUGUGCAAAUAUGAGUAAUCACAUGGAAAUCUGACUAUUUGCUCUAAAUCCCCUCAAUGAAACUCCUCAUAAGUGGGGCUGGCAUUGUGGCUGCCUGCAUCACCAGCAUCCCAUCUGGGUACCAGUUUGUGUCUGGCUGUUCCACUUCUGCUCCAGCUCCCUGCUAAUGGCCUGGGAAAAGCAGAAGAAGAUGGAUCAAGUGCUUUGUCCCAUAUACCCAUGCGGAAGUCCUGGAUGAACCUCUGGGUUCCUGGCUUAGGUCUGUUGCAGUCAUCUGGGGAGUGAACCAACAAAUGAAACAUCUUCUGUCUCUCACAAUCUCUCUGUAACUCUGACUUUCAAAAUAAAUAAAUAAAUCUUAAAAAAAAAAAAAAAAACUCCUUAUAGGAAACCCACUUGUAUAACACUCCAGACCCAGGAUCCAGGUAAAAGCGGUGUUCAAUUCCCUCCUUCUCUGUCUCUCUGUAUUUGCACUUUUGAUUGUUGUGUGUGUAGCCUCCAGGCAUGGCAUGUAAGGCUUGUAAGCAAUUUGUGUGUAUCUCUUCUAAUCAUGUUAAAGAUUCUAAAAGCAUUAUGAAACAUGGUUGGUUCUAUGAUUUCAACUGCAGUAUAGAAGAUAGGUUCAAAAAUACAAGUUUGGUUGUCAAUCAGUAUCAAACUAGCUUUCAAGUUUCACAAUGGAAGAUUGAAAGGUGGAUCAGAAUAUAAAAACUUUUCAGUGUCUACUGGGCAAUGAGCCUGCUUUUAUUCCUGUGAAGUUCAACAUUUUCCUAUUUGUGUUUGUAUAUACCCUAGAUAUCCACUAAAAGGUAAGCACUAAAAUUUUUACAUGUGGGAAAUGAUUGUCUGUUGUCAAAAAUUCUCAUGUCAAUAUGGGAUCAUUCUCAGUUACUCAGAUGUAAAAUAUAGUACAUUUCUUUUGGUCUUUUAAGUGAUUAUAUUAAGUACUUUGUCAUAGGCUCUCUGUAUAAUUUGUACUACUUUAUGAAUAUAAUUUCUUUACAUUUAAAGAAAUGAAUUAUAAUGAAUGCAAAACUUAAAUUAAAUGCAUACCCGCAAUCACAUGCAUGUCUGUUAUGGGAACAUAUUUUUUUUUUUGAUGGGGUCUCCUAUACCUUCUCUCUUCUACUUCACUCUUUACAGCAACCCUUCACAAUAAACCUUGCUAAAAAUUUAGUAUGCAUUUUAGAGGUUUUCUCUCUGCUCAUAUACAAGAUAUGAGAGUAUGCUCUUAUCCUCACUCUUGCAGUAUUAGAUCACAUGAGCAUUAACAUUUUAGUCAGGUCGAGUGGCUAUAAAGUGGGAACUGUUGCUUUAAUUUGCUUUCCCCUAACUACCAGCACAGGUAGGCAUCUUUUACCUUACUUAGGGUCACUUGGAUCUAUUUUGGGAGAAAUCUCCUUAUAACUUUAUUCAAUUUUUAAUAAAUUAUUUUCUUUUUCUUAUCAAUUGUAAGGUGCUCACUUAAGUUAUAAACAACAGAUUUCUUUUAUCUAGCUUUACUUUCUUUCCAACUCUGUUGUUUGCUUUUUAAAAUGUUAAUAGCAAACUUUGCCACUUUUCAUUUUUUAUAUAAUUAUAUAUAUUUAUGUCUUCUUUCAUAAAAUUUAAUUCUUUUUCAGUUAUCUAAUAAGUAUUUCUUUUGCCUAAGAUUGUGCCUGGGAGUCUCCUGUAUUUUUUUCCAUUUCUUUUUAUACCUUAUAUUAUUUAUAUAUCUGGAACAUAUUUAUAUACACAACGUCAGAGAGAGAAGUUCAAUCCUAUUUUCUCUGAGAUAGAUAAACAUUUUUCUAGCAUUACUUAUCAACUACUUUUAUUCCCACUGAAUUGUAAUGCCCUUUGAGUUGCAUCUUCUCAUAUAAAUAAAAGCUAAUUCUGAAUUUCCUAUUCAUUGAACUAUUUCUGUGUAACUUUAUGUUGGAUUUUCAAAAACAUAUUUAUUUAUUUGAAUGUCAGAGUUACAGAGAAGGAGAGGCAGAGAAAGAGAGAGAGAGAGAGAAAGAGAGAGAUCCUCCAUCCACUGGCUCACUCCCUGAAUGGUCGCAAUGGUUAGGACUAAGCAAGGAGGAAACCAGGAGCUAGGAGCUUCUUCUGGGUCUCUCACGUGGAGUCAGGACCCAAGCACUUGAGCCAUCUUCUGCUCCUUUCCCAGGCACAUUAUCAGGGAGCUGGAAAGGAAGUGUAGCAGCCAGGGUCCUGGCACUGCAGGUGGCAGCUUUACCCAUUAUGCCACAGCGCUGGCCCUGAGUGUUGGAUUUUGAAAGCAUAGUUUUUGUUUAUAAACUGAUAUUUCACUGGUGACUCAGUAAAUAUUGAUUGAGUGAAUAAUAUAAUAGAAGUAAAGAGAUAAAAGUGAAGUAGGAGACAUAGGCAGUAAGUUCUAACAAUAAAUAUUGGUAAUGUUAGUCAAUGAUAAGUAUUCAAUGGCUUAGAAUUUUAUAUCUGAAAAUAAUCACUUUAUAUAUGGAAAGAAUUAAACUCUUUUGCUAAAAUAGUUGCUGACCUCAUUGAGGUGACUUUAUCUGACAAUUGCCAUAUCCAUUUCUAGGCCUUAUCUAUGAUUUUCCCUUAAAAAGUCAUAUAUAUAUAUAUAUAUAUAUGAUUUCUGACUACAUGAAAGAAAUUAAAUGAUCAUUUUUAUUAUUUUUGUCACAAUUACCUUAACAUAUCUAUUAACUUUAAAUAGUAACUAGACUGGGCAUUGUCUGUAAUGAGACAAAAUUCAUUUUUCCUCUGCCCCUCCAAGAGUUCAAAACACUAACACAAAUAUUUGUCACUUCAGCUAGUAAAAUGACUACGUACAAAAAUAGAGUGCAGCAGUUUGUGUGUGUGUGUCAAUGUUCAUGUAGAUGUAUUUAUUUUCCAAAUGUGUUUAUGACAGUCUGAUGCAUUAGUGGAUGAUUAUAAAACUAGUUGGGUUUAUGCCUAUUUCUAAGAGAAAAUUAUCUUAAUUUUCAUGCCUGUGUCAGUUUAACAGAAACUUCAAUCAGAAAAAAUAUUCAUUAACCCAAACUUAUCCUUUGUCUUUUAGAUUUUUUCUCAUUAAAAUUCUCCAAAUUUUGAUGACUAUUGAGAGCAAAUGCUGUGGUUGUCCCAGGAUUCUUUGAUUUGAUUGACUAAUAGGGAAGACCUGAGUAAUAAAAAAACAUAUCUGGUUUAUUGCAUGUCACUUAGAAUGCUCAGUCACAAGUUGAUCCAAAUCUCUGCAUCAGGGAAUAAAAGUCUUGCAACUCAGAAAAUAAAGACACAUUCUAAACAACCUAAACUGCUAUAGCUUUGGUGUUUGCUUCUCCUCCUCCCCAUCUGUUUCACUGAGAAUGUAAUGCUGAGGUACCUGCACAUGACAACAGGAGAUACUAAUUUCUUGAAAAUUGUUAAUCUUUGGUUUGGCAGCAAAUUGUCAAAGCCUAGAUAUUGUCUGUAAGUUUUGUUUUUCUUCUGUAUUUUUGUUUUUCCAUUGCUUUUUCCAUAAUACACAUAUAUUAGACUUUUUAAGUGAAUUUGAAAUUUCAUUAAUACAUGGUACCCCAAAUGUCCAGAGGUCAAUUAAAAUUAUUUUUUAUAAACAUGAGCAAAGAAAAUCUUGGAUGAAAAGACAAGCAACAGAUAUUCAUAUACAGAUAACCAAUGUUAUAAUUAUCUUCCCAACAUUUUAAGGCAACCAUCAAAAAAUUUUAACAAGAAAUUAAAAAUACAUUUUCAACAGGUGAAGUAAGUUUUUAAAAAGAGGGAGAAAUCCUUAACAGAGGAAUAAAAGAUAUGAAGAAUAACAAAUGGGAAUUUUAAAACUGAAAGAUGCAAUGAUCAAAAUUUAAUUUCCAUU